AAAAAAACAACGCACCGAGCUGUAGGUAAAGAAACGAGAGAGCGGACGAUGAAGACACGUUUCUGAGGAGUUUAAGAUUUAAUUUUUUUUUAAAAUGCUGCGAGGUUUAAACGGCGCUGGUUUUAGGGCGAUUUGCUCCAAGAAGCUCCUGAAGGACGUACGGAGGCUGCACAGCUCUUAUGAUGUGGCCAUAGUGGGCGGAGGCAUUGUCGGUUUGGCCACAUCCCGAGAGCUGAUUCUCCGACACCCAAACCUCAGCUUCAUCCUGGUCGAGAAGGAGAAAGAGCUAUCUCUCCAUCAGAGUGGCCAUAACAGUGGAGUGAUCCACAGUGGUAUUUACUACACCCCUGGCUCUCUGAAGGCUCGUCUCUGUGUUCGAGGAGCAACUUUGGCAUAUGAAUACUGCGACAAGAAAGGGCUCCCGUACAAGAAAUGCGGCAAGCUGAUUGUGGCGGUGGAGCAGGAGGAAAUUCCCAGGUUAAAAGCUUUAUAUGAAAGAGGCCUAAAGAACAAUGUCCGAGACAUGAGUAUGGUGGACGCGAAGGGCAUCAGGGAGCGGGAGCCAUUCUGCAGGGGUAUAAUGGCCAUAGACUCCCCGUACACUGGCAUCGUGGACUGGAGGAUGGUGGCACUGCGUUAUGGUCAGGACUUCGAGGAGGCAGGUGGCCGAAUCGUCACGGAGUUUGAGGUGAACGACAUCUCCAUGGCAACGGAGAGUCCAGAGGGAAGUACAGAAGGAAUGAAGUAUCCAAUAGUAAUUAGAGACACAAAGGGAGAGGAGGUGCGUUCCCGCUUCGUGCUCACCUGUGGGGGGUUGUAUUCAGACCGGCUUUCUCAGAUCUCCGGCUGCAGCAGAGAACCUCGAAUCGUCCCAUUCAGAGGAGACUACCUGGUCCUGAAGCCUGAGAAGCACUACCUAGUCAAAGGCAACAUCUACCCAGUUCCUGAUCCUCGCUUCCCGUUCCUGGGAGUCCACUUCACUCCUCGGAUGGAUGGUAACGUGUGGCUGGGUCCUAAUGCGGUUCUGGCUUUUAAACGAGAGGGAUAUAAACUGUUUGACUUCAACGCACGAGACAUGGUGGAUGCACUCUCUUUCAGAGGACUUCAGAAGCUGGUCUUGAGGAACAUCACGUAUGGUAUGGGGGAGAUGUACAGAGGCAUCAACAUUGCAGCACAAGUGAAAAUCCUACAGAAAUACAUCCCAGAGCUGUCUGUCAACGACGUGCUCAGGGGUCCAGCGGGGGUGCGCGCUCAGGCCUUGGAUCGCGCUGGAAACUUGGUGGAUGACUUUGUUUUUGACGGAGGUGUCGGAGACGUUGGCAGCAGAGUACUACAUGUGAGGAAUGCCCCAUCGCCUGCGGCAACCUCCUCACUGUCCAUUGCUGAAAUGGUCGCGGAUGAAGUGGAAAAACGCUUCUCACUGUAAAAAAAAACAUGAUACAUCCAAAAUGAAACUACCUCGGGAUUUCAUUAGGUCAAGGCUUAAAAACUAUAGACAUUUUUGUAUCAUUUUAGUCUAUACUUCAGUUCACCUUAAAGUGCCCAUAUUACGCAAUGUUCUGAUCUGUUCUAAUGUUGUUUCCUCAUCACAAAUAGACCUGGAGUUGUGUUUUGUUUCAUUCAAACAUGUUUAACACACAAACCCUGCAUAUUUAGUUCUUCUCUCAAACUGAAAACACUCUGUUCCACCUUGUGAUGUCAUCAUGUGGUAAUACAGGAAGUGCUCCACUGUGUUUUUAAACUCCACACACCUUCACUAGAAUCAUUUGGAUCAUUUCAGCCCUGGAAUUUCCAGUCUCUACUGAACUAAAGGUAAAAGGAGCUGCCAACUACCACUUCAUGACAUCACAAGGUGGAACAGAGCAUUUGAACUUUGGAGAUGUAGACAGACUAAUAAUAAAGUGUUACUCAAACAUGUGUGAAUGAAACAAAACACAACUCCAUGUCUGUUUUUGAGGAGGGAACAACAUUAGAACAUGGAUUAAAACUACAAGAGUCAGUUUUGUGUAAUAAAGGCCCUUUAAAGUCCAUGUGACAGGUUUUCAUGUUUUUCUAAUUCUGACUUGGUUUGGUGGGAUAGUAAGUGUAGUAAAUAUUUAUCAUAGUUUUACAUCCGUUAAGUGCAAAGAAAGGUUGAGAAGAAGAAAGAAAAAUACAGGAAGUCACCCUGAGUUUGAAAACAGAACCCUCUGCCUCUAUCGUCAGCAUGGACCAUUUAUUAGUAUUGUGCAAUUUAGACAGAAGUUUGGGCCCUUGUUUACAUCACGGUUGCUCAGUAACAGUUAUGACAUUGGUGGUUGCCAGAUUCAUGAAUGCAAUGACAUCAUUGUAUUAUUGCGUUGUACUUUUUAUGGAAGUAUGUAAAAGGUAAAUUCACAAAUAUUGAACCUGAUCAUUUCUAUGGACCCUAAAACCCAAGAUAUUGUGACAAAAACAGUAUUCAUUUUAGCUGCCUGUUUGAAAUACUAUUGUCAUCUGAAGCACAGCAGUUACCUCUACAUAUGUCAUAUCUGCCCGUGUCCAACCAAGAAGGAAAAUUAUACACUUAAAAUCUCGAAUACAAUGAAAAAUAAGUCACGUAACCUGUCAUAUGGACUUAAAGACUUUUACAUUUGUGCCUAUCUUUCUGUAGUUUGUGAAUCAUGGACUUUUACCACUGUGUUUUCACGCCACAUAUUUUAGAGCCAUAUCCCAUGACGGUUUUGUAAGAAAAUUUUUUAUUUUUAUGUUGUUGUUUUGUUUGUUUUUUAAAUCCAUGCCAUAUGAGUUAAGUUAAUCAAAUUGAAUCUUGGACUUUUAAAUCGUUUACAGCAGAAAACAUUAGAUUUGUAGAUCUGUUGUCUGCUCCUGGAAUAAUUCUCAGGAUCAUUAAUUAGUAUCUCAAAUCUUUUAGCAUUUAAAAGAAACUUGCCCUUAAAUUUGAUUGAUUGAAUUAGGGCGGUUACCAUAGCAAUUCAAACUGCUCAAAACAAAAUAAAUUCUAUCUAUUAAAAUGUCUAAAGUCGUCUGAAUGGUCCCGUAACAGAAAACUGAAAACCUUGAACAGGCUUAAAGAGAUUAAAAAGUAAACUUUACUAUGUUGAAAUGGGAAGUGUACUUUCAAAAUCAUGCCUUUAAGUUGGCACAUGAUGCCUUUUACCCAUAGUCUGUUUAUAUAAAUGGACAUAGCUAACAUGCUAGCCACCGCGCUCCAAACAGGAAGUGAUCAUGGAUGCGCUUCCAGUGACUUAAAAUGUUCGUAUUAACCCGAUCUACAUGAUCCCGGGUUUUUUUAUUUCACUAUUAUGUCUGUAACUCAACAUCUGAACAUUAAUAACAGUCAAAUCAGGCACCUUCUUUCCCCAAAGUCACUCCCGCUAGUGUUAGCAACUGGUAAUGCAUUAAACGUUUUCAUUUCCUCAUCACAAACAACUCGAGGUAUGUUUGUGAUGAGGAAACAACAUUAGAUCAAAGUCAGAUGAAAGUACAGAGCUAGUGUUAGCAAGACAGUGUUGCUAAGCUCCAGCUCCCUGCUAAACCAGCGGUGCGUUCGGGAAAGGGUGUUGCCUAUACCUGCUCUAGCCUCAAUGAGCUUCAUUUGGAGCUGAACGCUGUGGUGACAUCACACUCACUUCGUCCACUUCUUUACACAGUCUGUGCUUUUACUGUGUUUUAAAGUUUACUAAGUCAUCAUCUCAAGACUUGUAACUUGAAUUCAGAUAGUACUACUCUUUUGUUGUAGUUUUAGCAGAAAGGCUAACGAGGCUGCGGGUUGGUUGAGAAUGUGGUCAGACAUAAGCUGACGAGGAGCUGA